AUGAAGGUCUUCGCUACCCUCGCUGCCCUCGCAACCGUCGCCAGCGCCGAGAUUGGCUACUGGAAGCUCUACUGCGGUGACUCCUGCUCAACCGGCACUCUCAUCAACCAAGGCGACAUCGAGACCAAUGUCACCACUACCUGCACCUCUCUCGGCGCCACAUACGACUACUGCUACCUCGAAGUUGACGAGAGCUACCCCAACGUCUACCGCUCCGUGCUCUCGGCUAGUACCACUUGCGGAGCGUCCACGAAUCCCGUAUUGAGUGGUGGAGAGUGCACUGAUGCCGGGAGCUGGGAGUAUUAUGAGAUAUACUACUACCUAUGA